GAAAUCUAUGUGGCUCUCUGGCUCCAUCUCGUGGCCCAUCAGACGUUUUGGAGUUAACUGGUUGGCGAUCUUUUAUGCGCUUUGUUUCCGCUCGUUUGAUGGGACCGAGCAGACGUACUGCAGCACGCGGACAAGAAACCGCUCACGGAGGACUGCGGGAGUUAAAGGGGCGGCAAGAGCCGGUGGAAGAGAGGCGGACUCUUGACUGUCAGUCAAACAUCCGGGGUUAUCCGUUGCUACGUUAUAACGCCUUAGCAGAUCUAAACGACUCUCAGAAGUAAUUUUUUUCAGAAUACCAGGAGGAGACGGACACACCUAAGUCUCUCAGAAUGGGAAACCUGCUGUUCUCCACAGGCCUCAUAAGGACUGAUGCAACCAAGUCGGAUAAAGUUAACAGACGACAUUUAAUAGCCAAAACGAUCUGCAAUGGCAUAACCUAUUAUUACACUCCACUCACUGGUACAGGUUGCGAAACAGAAUGUCUUGCCAAAAAUUUUCAAGAUUCUGCAGCUCUUUGCCCCACGUUCCCUGUUUCACCAUCUGCAGAAGCCUCCUCUACACUCCUCUCAGAUUCACCGUCAAACACAUCUGUCUCCUACCAAAAACAAUCAUAUUCUUCGUCCACUUCUCGUCCACUUCUGGUUUUCUUCUCCUGGCUUGGAGCCCAACCAGGGGGAAUGGCUAAGUACCGGGACCUUUAUCUGGACCGUGGCAUGGAUGUCCUCCUGGUUCAGAGCAGUGUGAUGCAUUUCCUGUGGCCUCGAUGGGGGCUUGAGUAUGGAUUGGAGGUUCUGAAAAUUCUGGAGAACCCUCCCUUCGCAGGGAGGGUGAUGCUGGUUCAUGCUUCUUCCAUCGGUGGCUACACUUUCACUCAAAUCCUCACCCACAUUGUCCAAGAACCAAAAAAACAUGGAAGCCUGGCACAGAGGAUGAUGGGACACAUCUAUGACAGCUUAGUGGUCGGCACACUGGACCACAUGGCGAUAGGCAUUGGUAGAACUCUGGUGCCACGUUUUGAGAGCUUUGUCAAAAACACUGCCAUGCUUUACUUCUGGCUUUUCAAAACCCACACGGCAGACUUCUAUGAGACCAGCAUCCAAGUGUUCCACAACAGCCCAGUUACCGCUCCCGCUCUCUUCUUCUUCAGUGAAAACGAUGCAAUGUGCAACACUGCAGUGAUGGAAAAGCUGAUUGACGUCUGGAGACAGAGAGGAGUGGACGUGCACAGCAGAAAGUGGAAGAAGUCGAUACAUGCGGCCCACUUGCGCUGCCACCCAGAUGAUUACCUCUCCACCCUGCAACACUUUUUGAACUCGCUGCCCAUUUCCUCCUGUAAAAAAACAAUCUAAGAGGGGAGGUAAAAAUACACCACCACCAAAUAUUAAAAAACAAAAUAAGUUUUAUGAUUUAAAAAAGAAUGCACUUUGAUUUUUUUUCCUUUAGCUUUGUUAUUAAUUAAAAUGAGAAGUAUUUUUUCUCUCUUUGUUACGACCCCCUCUGCUAGGCGACAGGUGGGGAGAAACAUACACAAGCCCACUCACGAAGUCAGAGUAAAUAAGGGGUUUUAUUGCAAACGUUAAACUAAAAACCGACGGGGCUGUUCAACAGACCACCGGGCAAAUAAUUAAUACACAAAGAAAAGAACAGGCAAGAAUAAAAACUAAGGGUUAACUAAGCUGAGCCAGCAAACACAAGACUCUAACAAAACUAAGGUCAGCUGUAUCUCAGAGUUUACAAACGGAGUUCAAAUGCUAGGCAGACGAGGAGGACACUGCAUGUUCACGUCAGCACAGCAGUUCCCUCAGUGUGAAUCUUCAGCGUUUUUAUACUCCCAGGUGCAGACAAUCAGCCAGUCAGUUGGUCUUGGAGUGUCAUUGGAUCUCCAGGCAGCCAAUCGUCCACGCAGUCUGGCACACUUUGAUCUGCAUAAAAGAAGGCUGGCACAGGACUCCCAGCAGCCAGUCAUCCACGAGUCCUGGCACACUUAGAUUUGCAUAAACAAAAGGGCAGUCUCACUUCCUCCAAGGCCCAGGGCCGUAACACUCUUUUGCAUAUUCAUUGUUUGAAUUUUUGUUGCUUGCUGUUAAGUAAAGUUGUAUUUUAAGUUAUUUUAAAAAAACUGAUGUUAUUUACCUGUGUGCUUAUGUUAUGGAUUAUUUUGCACUUUAAACAAUUCAAAAGCUUUGAUAAACUGUUGGUACUCUUACCAGAGAUGUGGUUGCUGCACAUUGAGUGAAAUAAAAUAUUUCAAUUGCGCUGCUUGGAA